UUUGAUAAUUGAAAUCGAGAAAAAUCAGAAUAUUUUUUGUGCUAAGUAAUGAAAUAGCUAUUUAGUUUAGAACAAAUUGUUAAAAAUAAGUAACUUAAAAUAAAUGUUUUUAUUUAAUAUUUAGUGUAUCGUCCUACAGGUUGAAAAUGCGUAUAGUGAUCCUCUCCAUAGCACUGCUAUUGUGCAGUGUUUGUGUGUCCCAGGCUUACGAGGACACUUCACUAGAGGAUGAUGAUUUUGCUGAGUUUGAACAGUUUGAGGCUGAUGAGGAUACUCCAAGCAAUGAUUUCAGUGAAGAAGAAGUGCCGGUGUUAAAACCAAAAUUGAAUGUAAAUAAAGAACAGUUUGAAACAAACAUUGAUGCUGAUGAUAUAGUUGUUGAGGAUGAAGAUAAUGAAUUUGAACAUUUUCAAGAUCCUGAAGAGUUUGAGGGAUACCAGGACACGACGCCUCGUACUGCCGAACAACCAAAAAUUACUAUCUCUCAGGUGCCAAUCAUGAUACGGCCCAGAUGGGACGCGUACUGGCUGGAAGGCAUCCUCUGCUGUUUGCUCGCAGCGUACGCGCUCGCGUACGUCAUCGGACGCACCAAGAACACCGCCAUAGCGACUAAUUUCCUUAAGCUACAUAAACCACUUUUGGAUGAGAACUUUACUUUAGUUGGCGAGUCGGGGCUGGACGUGGUGUCGGCGGACGAGCGCGGCUGGCGGCGCGAGGCGGAGCACUGCUUCACCAUGUGGUGCAGCGGCCGCCAGUGCUGCGAGGGGAUGCUGCUCACACUCAAGCUGAUCAAGCGUCAAGACUUAGUCCACGUGUUACUGGGUGUAGUUAGACCAACUCCGGACACGCUACUUAUCCGCGUGGAACUCGGUAAAGACGAUUGCGAUCCGUUCGUUCUUUGCAUCGCGCAGAAGAAGAUCGCCACGCGCCUCGCUAAGGAGAUGCAGGACUUGAGCAUGUUCUGCCCCGAGCGGCGCGCGGGCGACAAGCACGGGCUGCCGGCGGCGCUGGGCGUGCUGUCGGAGUGCGCGGAGGCCACGGCCGGCGUGCUGGACGCGCGCGUCACGGCGGCGCUGCAGCGCUACCACGCGCACGUGCAGUACAUACACGUGUCCGACCGCUACUGCGGGCCCAAGCAGAUGGAAGAAACCGUAGCCACAAAACCACCAGAAACGGAACGGGUGAUGCUAGUCAGUCUCGCGCUGGGCCCCGACGGCGGUGGAGACGAAGUUCGGCCCCUGCUGCUGUUGGUGUUCUAUUUGCUGGAUAAAAUCAAGCGACUUCGUUUAAGCAAAGAGGCCCUUUCGAAAUGCGAGAAGCGGCGCGUGAAGGCGACGGAGGCGUGGGUGCGCGGGGCGCACGCGGCGCGCCAGGAGCAGGCCGCGCAGCGACGCGAGGAGAAGCGCAAGCAGGAGAAGGAGCGCAUACUGGCGGAAGAUGAUCCCGAGAAGCAGCGGCGUUGGGAGCUAAAGGAGCAGAAGCGUCAACAAAAACGUAAAGCCCCGAAAAUGAAGCAACUCAAAGUGAAGGCGCUGUAAAUCAGCAAUACUCAAAUGCAAUAAUUAUUUAAAAAAAGAGUUUUUUGUUACCUAUCCAUAAGUGUUGAUCCUACAGUCUUGUGAAUAAAGAAUAUCUGUAUACAUC